AUGGAUUUUCCAGGACACUUUGAGCAAGUCUUUCAGCAACUAAACUACCAGAGGCUUCAUGGCCAACUUUGUGAUUGUGUCAUUGUGGUGGGAAACAGACAUUUCAAAGCCCAUCGCUCUGUUCUAGCAGCGUGUAGCACACACUUCCGAGCUCUCUUUACUGUAGCAGAGGGUAAUCAAACUAUGAACAUGAUUCAGCUGGACAGUGAAGUGGUGACAGCAGAAGCUUUUGCUGCCCUGAUUGAUAUGAUGUACACUUCUACACUAAUGCUUGGGGAGAGCAAUGUAAUGGAUGUCUUGCUGGCUGCUUCUCACCUACAUUUGAACUCUGUUGUUAAAGCCUGUAAACACUACCUUACUACCAGGACACUACCAAUGUCUCCACCUAGUGACAGAGUUCAGGAGCAAAAUGCACACAUCCAAAGAUCUUUCAUGCUUCAGCAGCUUGGGCUGAGCAUUGUGAGCUCUGCAUUAAAUUCCACUCAGAGCACAGAGGAACAACUAAAUACCAUGAGCUCAUCAAUGAGAAGUAACAUAGAACAACGUACUACCUUUCCUAUCCAGCGUCUCCACAAGCGUAAACAGUCUUCUGAUGAUCGGGCCAGACAGCAAAUCAGACCUACCAUAGAUGAGUCCAUUUCAGAUGUUACUCCAGAGAGUGGGCAGUCAGUAGUUCAUUCACGAGAAGAUUUUUUUUCACCAAAUUCACUGAAGAAUGUGGACAAUUCUAAGGCUGAUGCUGUUAUUGAUAAACAAGAGGAUAAUACUAUUAUGUUUGAUCAGUCUUUUGGUGCUCAAGAAGAUGCUCAAGUGCCUAGCCAGUCAGACAACAGUGGAGGAAACAUUUCACAGAUAUCCAUCUCAUCUCAGAUAAUACAAGUGGAAACCAGUUUUGAUCAGGAAGCUACUUCUGAAAAAAAAAACUUCCCAUGCAAAAAUCCAGAGGUCAGUCUAAAUGAAAAAGAACACACGGGGGUGGUGGUUAAAUCUGAGCCUUUGAGUUCCCCAGAGCCUCAAGAUGAAGUGAGCGAUGUCACUUCUCAAGCAGAAGGCAAUGAGUCUGUUGAAGUGGAAGGAGGAGUGGUGAGCACAGAGAAGAUAGAACUGAGUCCUGAAAGCAGUGAUCGUAGCUUUUCUGACCCACAGUCUAGUACUGAUAGGGUGGGAGACAUCCAUAUUAUGGAAGUGUCAAAUAACCUGGAACACAAGUCCACCUUCAGUAUCUCAAAUUUUCUGAAUAAAAGCAGAGGUGGUAACUUUGGUGCAAGUCAAAAUAGCAAUGAUAACAUUCCGAAUACAACAAGGGACUGCAGAAUGGAUGGUGAUGCCUCUUACUUAUUGAGUCCAGAGUCUGGGCCUGCUAGGAGUCAUUCCUCUGUUACGGUUUGUCAUGUAGAGAAUCCAUUCAGUGAGUCUGCAGACUCUCAUUUUGUUAGACCAAUGCAGGAUGCAAUGGCUCUUCCAUGUGUACAGACUUCCAGGUACAGGGCUGCAGACCAAUUUGGUAUGGAUUUUCCAAGGUCAGGCUUGGGCCUGCAUUCUUCAUCAAGGACGGUGAUGGGAUCUGUAAGAGGUGGAGCUAGUAGCUUUCCUGGCUAUCGUCGCAUAGCCCCCAAAAUGCCUGUUGUGACCUCUGUCAGGAGCUCCCAGCUACAAGAUAACACUUCCAGUUCCCAGCUGUUAAUCAAUGGGACCACUUUUGAAAAUGGACAUCCUACACAACCUGGUCCACCACAGUUGACAAGGGCAUCUGCAGAUGUUCUUUCAAAAUGUAAGAAGGCCUUAUCUGAACAUAAUGUCUUGGUUGUUGAAGGUGCUCGUAAAUAUGCCUGUAAAAUCUGCUGCAAGACUUUUUUGACCCUAACAGACUGUAAGAAGCACAUUCGUGUGCAUACAGGAGAAAAGCCUUAUGCCUGUUUAAAGUGUGGCAAACGGUUCAGUCAGUCCAGCCAUCUAUAUAAACAUUCCAAAACAACCUGUCUGAGGUGGCAGAGCAGCCAUGGGAAUGCUAAUACAAACUUUUAA